CCAGCGCCGGCUCCCGCACUCUCAUCUCAUCGUGCCGAUCAUUGUGGGCAGCACCAGCACCACACUAUCUCAAGCUCCGCCUUGGCUCUUCAGUUGAAGCACACUAGCUUCGCUUCCUCAAUCCACUCAACCUCCCUUCAGUCACCAGCAACUUCCGGCUCCAGGGACCACUCCCCACAGCUCAUCAAAUGGCCAGUCAAGCAGCCACGCUGAUGGGCUCCACACUCCCCGCCCUGCGCCUAGCUGCGGCGCCUCCGGCGUCCUCAGCGCGGGUGGCAGCGUCGCCUGCGCGCGCGGCGCUGAGCACCAAGGUGCUGGAGAGCAAGUCACUGGGCGAGCUGCGACAGCUGGCGAAGGAGCGUGGCAUGCGCGGCGACACCAAAGCGGAACUCGUCAAGCUCCUCGCGUCCAGCUACGCCGCGGGUAACGGCGCGGCGGCGGCAAAGGCGCCUGUUGCGGCGAACCCGCAGUUGAAGAAGCAGCUGGAGGCCAUGCCCAUGGCGCAGCUGCGCGCGCAGGCGCGCACCAAGGGCGUCUACGGCGGCAGCAGGGCCGAGCUCGUCGCCGGUCUCCUCGCUGCUGGCGCGGCGCCAGCAGCCGCCACCCCGUCAGCUCCCGCCUACUUGAACGGCGGGGUGUCUUCCGCCCCUGCUGCGGCGGCGCCUGUGGCCGCCGUGGCUGCUUCGUCGGAACUGGCGCGGCAGCUACAGACGAAGCCGCUGGCGGUGCUGCGCGCGCUGGCGCGGCAAAAGGGGCUGCGCGGCAACACCAAGGAGGAGCUCGUCGCCGCCCUCGUUUCCGCGUCUCCCUCAGCCGCCGCCGCCGCACCCGCUGCUUUAUCCUCGAUGCCCGCCGCCUCUCCUGCCGCUGCUGCUCCCGCUUCAUCCGCCGCGCCCGCCGCGCCCGCCGCCGUGAACGUGAGCGCGCAGGCCCUGGCGCGGCAGCUGCAAACGCGGCCGCUGUCCGCGCUGCGCGCCAUGGCGAACGCCAAGGGCAUCUCGGGGGCCGCGGCGCCGAAAGACCAACUCAUCCGCGCACUCGUCGCCGCGGCCACGACGACGGCGGCGACGGUGACGGAGGUGAAGGCCGCGGCGUCUGUGCGCGCGUCGGAGCUGCAGAGCAAGCCGCUGUCGGAGCUGCGCACCAUCGCGCGCGCGCGGGGCAUCCGCGGGGACACCAAGGCGGAGCUCGUUAAACUGCUCACGGCGGAGGACGUGGUGCUACCGCCGCUGCAGAGCGCGAGCAUGAGUCUGCCGUUCCAGUCCGACCUGCCCGCGGGCGGCACCACCGCCAUCCAGCCCGUGCAGGCGGCGUUAGUGGCGACGCAGUCAGCGGCGAUGAGCGAGGCGAUGGAGCUGCUGCUGGGGCGCGCGGAGGGCGUGGCGGAAGGCAGCGUGGCGGAGCAGGCGGCGUUCCUGCGCAACGUGCUAGUGGCGGGCAUUGGCAUCGCCGCGCUGCCCCUUCUCCUGCCCGUGCAGAUGUCAACCACCGUCGUCGCCACUGCACCCUCCGCCACCGCCCCUGUGGUUGUGCCACCGCCUCCUGCCGAGCCUGCCCCUGAGGUUCGGGAGCUGUCGGCUGAGGAGUUCUGCGCAUCGCUGCCGGCGUCCCUGCUGUCCCCACAAGCCGCCAAGUUCUGCCAAGCCGUCAAGGACAUUGGCCUCUGAGCGCACGCCUCCUCUCGACCACCCACCCACCCUGCCAUGCCUGCUCACCUUGUGCCCUGUGGGUCUGUUGGUAGCACCAGCGCCGCAGCCCAGUGAAUUGUGUGUGCUCUCUAGUCCCAUGUGGCUCAAGCCUGUGGGUAUUCAAUCACCCCCCCCUUUCUUGUGAUGUGCCCGAUGUACUUGGUAGUGUUGAAAAAUUCAGCAGCAGCACAGUUUGGAGUGCAGUGUGUGACUGAUUGAAGCUUGUUGAGAAUGUUAUGCCCUAUAAUGACAAUGUCCUUAGCACCAUGUAGCACUGGUCAGCACAGUACAGUUUCCCCAC